AUGGGGACCAUUCAGCCCAGCCUCCUCGGCCUCUCUGCUGAGCUCCUCUUUCACAUCAUCGACUACGUCCAUCCAUCGUCGCAUCUCUCACUCGCCCUCACCUGCUCCAAGCUCCACCGCCACUCCCAACCAAUCCUUGACCGCCACCGCGCUGCCCACAGCAUCGUAUCCGACCUCCAACCUGAGAAUGUGCUCGAGCUUCUGAGGGGUGCUGAGACAUGCAGUGUCGAGCUCUGGCAUGUGCGGGAGCUGGAACUCUGGGGUAAUCGGAGCAGCUCGGAGGAAUGGCGAACUUGGGAUGUGAGCGUGACAGGUCUGGUACGACUCGCCGACGCAGAGCCUAUCGAGUCAAAUCUAGGAAAAGAAGAAAUUAUGGGCUUCUUCUCAAUGGCGAAGCGAUGGUGGGAUAUAUCCGAGGAUGAAUUUGACGCUGCAAGGAACGAGCUUGAGACUGGAGGGGACGGUUUCCUCAAGAUGCUCCUGAUCGCCUCAUGUCCCAGACUGCACAGUAUCAGCCUCCGAUGGAUGGCAAAGGCCGUAUCAUGGAGCAUGGACAGCGGGAGGUGGCCGCCAGGCUUCCAGUCCCUACGCAACGUUGCCAUCGGCGUCUUGAUGGGGAUGCCCAGAGUGCCAGAAGAGGAAGAAGAUCACAACCCCGGCGGACUACAAUUGGAGUUCCUCGACUUUGCAGCUGUUCUCAACCUUCCUGCCAUUCACAGUGUGUACAUCAGAGACCUCUAUCCAGACUGGGAGGACGAGGGCGACGAUACCCCGGAUGCCGUGAUGGAAAAUUACCGCCUCGAACCCCGUUCGUCAACCAUCCAGCACAUCUACAUCGACCGCGCGCAAGGCUUACAAAUAUUCUACGAUCCUUUCCUGAGCGUCGGUAAGGAUCUGCAGACUAUGACUCUCCGGGGCCUCGAUGAUUGGACCCAAUGUGAUGACACGGAUGCGAUCCCCGAGGCGCUGAGUAGGAACUACCCCGACACGUUCCGGAAGAUGACCUUUUACAGGCCGACGGGCCUUCAUGGGUACAGGUGCGGCGUCUAUAUGCCAGACCAGAUAGGAGACCCCUUCCCCGGCAUGAGACAGUUGUCUGUGGGCAUAUCCGACAUCGACCUGCUAGCCAUGGCAGAAAUUGACUCGAGGCCAAGCAUUGAAGCGUACGUCGACUAUUGGUGUAAUGGGUUUCUGCCAAAGAACCUCGAGGUCAUUAUGAUCUGGGGAGAGCCGGACGGUGAAGACUGGCUCCAACUGGACGACGAUGUCAUGAUGGACUUUACCGACGCAGCUAUCGCGGCCGUGAUCAAAGCCGGCACCUACAAGGACCUCAAGGUCAUCUACCUCGACGACAUCGAAAGGCAGACAGAAACCCAACGCCCAAGGGUAUGCUUCCAAAAGUCAAUCGCCGCGGGGCGCGAGGUGGGCGUGCACGUCUACACCCUGACAAACAGGGAAGACGGUGGCUAUUGGAGGGAGUUUCCUGCAGCUGCAGACAGGUUCGAUCUGAAGACGGGGCCAUUCGGAGAGAGGCCUGCCUCAUGGAGGAUCAAUCGAAGGGAAGGGGUGUGGGAGGAUCCAUGUUGCGAAGGAUGCGGAGAGUGUGAAGACUGCUUGAGGGUAUACCCAGAACACGUUUGGAAGAGUGCCGCAGCUUUAAGAGCUGAGGGCUCAGAGAAGCUGGAUGCGUAG